CGGCGCGAGGAGCAGUGCGUGAGACACACACACGGCGCGAGGAGCAGUGCGUGAGACACACACACGGCGCGAAAUGGCUGAGGUGUCACAAGAGGAGAGACUCCAGGCUAUCGCUGAGAAGAGGAAGAAGCAGACCGAGAUAGAAAACAAGAGAAGGCAGCUGGAUGAUGAUCGACGACAACUCCAGCAUCUUAAGUCGAAGGCCCUGAGAGAGCGCUGGUUGUUGGAUGGAGCUCCAGCAGAGGAGGACACCCAGAGACGCCUGCAGGAGGAUGAGAUGAAGACCAAACUUCUGGAGCAAGUCAUCCUCAGGCUGGAGCAAGAAAUUGAAGAACUGGAGACAGGAAUGCCAGCUAAGAAAGGUGUUGCCAGAGAAAACGGUGAGAAUGGUGUCAUGCAGAACCCUAAAAAAGAGGCUACAGGGGUUGAAGCCAAGCUGCUGGGUCCCAGUCCUGACCAAGCCAGCGAAGAGAAUCCCGUCACUCUGGUGUUCAUGGGCUACAAGACCGUCGAGGAUGAAGUGGAGAGCCACACGACCCUGGGGAUGGAAGGGGUGGAUGGCAACGUGAAGGCCGAGUUUGUUGUGAUUGAAGACGGUGAGGGGAAAGCAGGUGACGCAGCCACAGGAGAGCAGGCCCCGCCCAACGGCAGCAUGGCAGAAAAAGAGAAGGCCAACGCAAGUGGAGAGGAGGGCGGAGAGGAGAAGAAACAGACCUGCAAGUGCUGCACGGUCAUGUGAGCUGUGUGUGUGCGUGUGUGCGUGUGUGUGUGUGCUGCACUCGUGCAGUUCGCUGUGCCUGUUGCAUGAGUGUAUUUGCAAAUGUUCGUAACUCUGUGUUUGUGCGACGGUGUCAGGACUGCAAAGCAAGAAGCAACAUUCAGUUACUCGAACAGUGAGCUGAGAGGAGCUCCUGCAACAAGAACAGACUCAUAAGUACACUUCUUACUCUAUUUACUUUCUCUGUAUUUGACUUUUGAUUUCUAUUGAUAUUUUUCUAUUUUUCUGUCUUGACAUUUAUACUGUAGUCUAUCCAGUGUGUAUAACUUUACUAUGGGGCUGUGUACUGUAUGUUCAUUGUUGUACUGGCUGACGAAAGUAAAAAGUAUUAUUAGCUGUCUGGAUUGUACUGCCACCAACUGGGGAAAACCUGGAAACUUUCAAUUCAAAAAUAUUAAACUAUGACACAGAUGCUUAAAUAUAAAUAUAUUUCUGUGUGUAGGCCAACCAAUUAUUUAUCGGUCAAUUUCAUAUUACAAUAUUGUCCAAGAUCUUAUUUUAAUAGUAUUUUAAUAUAUUGAUAUGAAAUUAUGUUUUAUAAAAUGUAUUUGUUGCUUUUUCUUUUUGUCAUCUCGCCCAUUAACUGCAUGUGCACUGUAGCACCAUUUGAGCCACAUUCGUGCUGUCGUGCACUCACGUGCUCAUAUUUAGUCACACAAGUCGUUCUGUGACUUGGAAGAGUUUAAUUAAAAUAAACUACAGAGCAAACAGACAUAAACCACCAA